AAUUAUAUGAAGUUGAACUAAAAAAAACAGCUGUGGCUAAAUUGUUUCACAGCAGGUAAACAAAAAAUAUAGUUGGCCGUGACUGUGUCGUCAUCCUUGUGCGACUGCUCUCGCUUUUCUCCAGGAAGCAAAUUGUGACAGGACCGUUUGGCUUUGCUAAGAAGAAUUGAAAACCAUGUCUGGAAGCUUUUAUUUUGUCAUGGUUGGUCAUCAGGACAAUCCUGUGUUUGAGAUGGAGUUUUUACCAGCUGGGAAGGCUGAAUCAAAGGAUGACCAUCGUCACCUGAACCAGUUCAUUGCACACGCUGCCCUGGAUUUGGUGGAUGAAAACAUGUGGCUGUCCAACAAUAUGUACUUGAAAACUGUGGACAAGUUCAACGAGUGGUUUGUUUCUGCCUUCGUCACUGCGGGACAUAUAAGAUUCAUCAUGCUGCAUGAUGUGCGACAAGAAGAUGGAAUCAAAAACUUUUUUAAUGAUGUAUACGAUUUAUAUAUUAAGUUUGCGAUGAAUCCAUUCUAUGAGAUCAAUGCACCAAUCCGCUCAACAGCUUUUGAGAGGAAAGUACAGUUUCUUGGAAAGAAACAUCUCCUGAGUUAAUCACUUGACAUGCACGAGGAAAUUUAAUGCAUCUUGUCCAUUGGUUAUGUAAAUAUACCUAACAUACAUCUUUUAUGUCCAUUUCUUUCUUUUCCAUGUUUUCAAAUUUGAAAUGUAUUCAACACAGAUUUUCUAUAAAACAUUUUCCUGUG